UAGGUAACUUUUUUCGCAACGCAACGGACUGACGAUUUGCUGCUAAAUUUAAGCCAAAAACCGUGUAAUUAACCGCAAGCCGUGGCAGACAAACAAUCGAUGCCGAGGCGCAGCAAAAUGUGAUGUUUGCCGGGCACAGCAAACGCUCGGCGACCACAAACAAAGUGCAAAACCAAAACCUCUGACCCCAAGCGCGUCAUCUCUAAAGCCAGAACGGGAGAGAGCAGGAGUGAGGGAGAAAAACUAGCGCUGCUGGAAUUUCGUAGCUUUUGUUGUUGUCGCAGCCAGCAAUAACGGUAGAGAGACGGCAACAACAAAUACCAAUGACAAAGUGAAACUGACUGCGCUGCCCCAAAAACAACAGCAAGAAAACAAACGAAAUAGGAAGAGCAAAACUGUGAUCUCUACUUUUUUUGGGGGCAAUUGUUCAAUUUGGCUGUGCUCGAAAGUAAAUUUAGUCAACUCGUCACGCGUAUUUGCGGUAUUUGGCAACGCGUUUUUCAACCGACGGCUGGAAAAUCAAUUCUUCGGCUUGCCAAAGGGCAACAACAGUUAGCAGUUGUUGAUUUUUUUUUUAUUGCUGCUGCGACCCAGCCCAAAACAAAAAAGCAAGGAAGAAGAGGAGGAGGAGAAGUAGGAAGAAGAAGAAGCAGCGCAGCCGGAUUUGCAAAUAGUCACAGCACGUAGGACGGAAACAUACACGGAACGAUGGCCUACCGCAAGCCCAGCGAUCUGGAUGGAUUCAUCCAGCAGAUGCCCAAGGCCGAUAUGCGCGUGAAGGUGCAGCUCGCCGAGGAUCUGGUGACAUUCCUGAGCGACGAAACCAACUCGAUUGUCUGCACGGACAUGGGCUUCCUCAUCGACGGGCUGAUGCCCUGGCUAACGGGCAGCCACUUUAAGAUUGCACAAAAAUCCCUGGAGGCAUUCUCGGAGCUAAUCAGGCGACUGGGCAGCGAUUUCAAUGCGUACACAGCCACCGUUUUGCCACAUGUGAUCGAUCGGUUGGGGGACAGCAGGGACACGGUUCGCGAGAAGGCGCAACUCCUGCUGCGCGACCUCAUGGAGCACCGAGUGCUUCCGCCCCAGGCGCUGAUCGAUAAGCUGGCCACCAGCUGCUUCAAGCACAAGAACGCCAAGGUGCGCGAGGAGUUCCUGCAGACGAUAGUGAAUGCUCUGCACGAGUAUGGCACUCAGCAGCUGAGCGUGCGCGUCUAUAUUCCACCAGUUUGUGCCCUUCUCGGCGAUCCCACGGUUAAUGUGCGAGAGUCGGCCAUCCAGACGCUGAUGGAGAUCUACAAACAUGUGGGUGAUCGCCUGCGACCAGACCUACGUCGCAUGGACGACGUGCCCGCUUCCAAGCUGGCGAUGCUUGAGCAAAAAUUCGACCAGGUCAAGCAGGAGGGUCUACUGCUGCCUUCCGCCCUCAAGAACACCAAUGGCAAUGGCAACGGAGUCGGUCUGGACGAGGCGGACAACAUUGGGCUGAGGGAACGACCCACCCGGAUGAUCAAGCGGCCACUGCACUCGGCCAUCUCCUCCACGAUGCGCGCCAAACCGAGUGUGAACGAUGUGAGCGGCGAUGCCGGCGCCGUGACCAUGGAGACCUUCGAGUCAAGUUUCGAGGCAGUCCCGCAGUUGAGCAUCUUCCAUGCCAAGGACAUGGACGACGUCUACAAGCAAAUACUGGUAAUCAUAAGCGAUAAAAACGCGGACUGGGAGAAGCGCGUGGAUGCUCUCAAGAAGAUUCGUUCGCUGCUCAUACUCAGCUACCACACCCAGCCGCAGUUUGUGGCUGUGCAGCUGAAGGACCUGUCCAUAGGCUUUCUGGACAUCCUCAAAGAGGAACUGCGCUCACAGGUGAUCCGCGAGGCGUGCAUCACCAUCGCCUACAUGUCCAAGACACUACGUAAUAAGCUGGACGCCUUCUGCUGGAGCAUUUUGGAGCAGCUGAUCAAUCUGAUCCAAAAUAGCGCCAAGGUCAUAGCCUCCGCCUCCACGCUGGCGCUCAAGUACAUCAUAAAGUACACGCAUGCGCCGAAGCUGCUCAAGAUCUACACGGACACCCUAAACCAGUCAAAGUCGAAAGAUAUUAGAUCCACGCUCUGCGAGCUGAUGGUGCUGCUCUUCGAGGAGUGGCAGACGAAGGCGUUGGAGCGGCAUUCCACCAUUCUGCGGGAUACCCUGAAGAAGUCCAUUGGCGAUGCGGAUAGCGAUGCGCGCCGUCAUUCCAGGUGCGCUUACUGGGCCUUCAGGCGGCACUUUCCGGAUCUGGCGGAUCAGAUAUAUGGCACGUUGGACAUUGCUGCCCAGCGAGCACUGGAAAGGGAAAGAGAAGGCGGCGGAGGAGGUGGAGGUGGAGGUGGAGGGAAUGUGGCCGCACCGGAAACUAGACGCACUGUAUCCCGCAUAGGCCGAACCCCUGGAACUCUGCAAAAGCCAACGCCUAGCAUGAGAUCCAUAUCAGCUGUGGACACAGCUGCUGCACAGCGAGCCAAAGCCCGGGCACAGUACACCCUGUUUUCGAGGCAACGCAAGCCGCUGGGGCCCAGCAACACCAACCAGCAAUCGGCGACUGGAGCAGCGGCUAGCGGAUCAUUGCCCAGGCCACGUUUGAAUUCCAACAGCGGUUCCACGCCGGCAACCACACCGGGAUCGGUCACGCCACGCCCCCGGGGACGAGCCGGUGUGUCUCAGUCACAGCCAGGAUCACGUUCCACCUCGCCAAGCACAAAGCUGCGGGAUCAGUAUGGCGGAAUCAGUAGCUACUAUCGUGGCGCCACCGGCGCCAUACCCAAAAAGGCCUCUGGAAUACCCCGAAGCACAGCGAGCUCCCGGGAAACGAGUCCAACUAGAUCUGGCGGCGGCCUGAUGAAGCGUAGUUUGUACUCGACGGGAGCGGGAUCGCGAAGAACGCCGGAGAGAAACAAUCCCGUGAGGCCCUCGGCGGCAGCUCGCCUUUUGGCCCAAUCCCGUGAAGCAGAACACACACUGGGCGUCGGAGAUGAGGGGCAGCCGGACUAUGUGUCCGGAGACUACAUGCGCAGUGGCGGAAUGAGGAUGGGCAGGAAACUGCUGGGACGCGACGAGUCUGAUGACAUUGACUCCGAGGCCAGUUCCGUGUGCUCGGAGCGAUCUUUCGACUCCAGUUACACCAGAGGCAACAAAUCGAACUAUUCGCUGAGUGGAAGCCACACCCGUUUGGACUGGAGCACGCAGCGGGCGCCUUUUGACGAUAUCGAAACUAUAAUCCAGUUUUGCGCCUCGACGCACUGGUCUGAAAGGAAGGACGGGCUGAUCAGCCUUACCCAGUACCUGGCCGAUGGCAAGGAGCUGUCGCAGCAGCAGCUGCAGUGCGUUCUGGACAUGUUCCGCAAGAUGUUCAUGGACACGCACACCAAGGUGUACUCUCUGUUCCUGGACACGGUCACCGAGCUGAUUCUGGUCCAUGCGCCCGAGCUACACGACUGGCUCUUCAUCCUGCUGACGCGUCUGUUCAACAAACUGGGCACCGAUCUCCUCAACUCGAUGCACAGCAAGAUCUGGAAGACGCUGCAAGUGGUGCACGAGUACUUCCCCACGCAAUUGCAGCUCAAGGAGCUCUUCAGGAUCAUCUCGGACUCCACGCAGACGCCGACAACCAAGACGCGCCUAGCCAUCUUGCGCUUCCUCACCGAUCUGGCCAACACGUACUGCAAGAGCAGUGACUUUCCCAGCGACCAGAGCCAGGCUUGCGAACGGACGGUCCUUAAGUUGGCCCAGCUGGCGGCGGACCAGAAAUCGAUGGAGCUGCGCUCCCAGGCCAGGAGUUGCCUGGUGGCCCUGUACAAUUUGAACACCCCGCAGAUGACACGACUGUUGGCCAACCUGCCAAAGGGAUACCAGGACUCGGCCCGCAGCCUAAUCCAGUCGAACAUGCGCAGGCAGAGCCAAAGCGGCAAUUCGGGUGCCAAUUCGCCAAGCAGCUCUCCGCUGAGCAGUAGCAGUCCCAAGCCGUUGCAGAGUCCGUCGGUUGGGCCGUUUGCCUCGCUCCAGAGCCACCACCAGCUCAGUCUGAGCUCCACUAGUCCCCGCUCGCGGCAGUCCUCCGUGGAGCAGGAGCUGCUCUUCUCCUCGGAACUGGACGCCAUCCAGCACAACAUCCAGAAGACGUCGGAGGAGAUCCGGCACUGCUUCGGCGGUCAGUACCAGACGGCGCUGGCGCCCAAUGGCUUCAACGGACACCUGCAGUAUCACGAUCAGGGCCAGCAGGACUCGUGUGCCUCCCUGUCUUCCAACUCCAAGACGCAGUCGUCGGCCAACACCACGCAGUCGAACACACCGGAGUCGGCCACGAUGCGGCUGGACAACCUGGAGCGGGACCGAGUUGGCCAGAAUGCCAAAUCGCCACACCCAACGGGCGAUGCGAAGGUGCCGACUGUUUCGCUGAAUAUGGCCGAGAACGGGGAACUGAUCCUGGCCAGCGACCUCAUGGAGAGCGAAGUGGUGCGUGUGGCCUUGACGCUGACAAAGGAUCAGCCCGUGGAGCUGCUGCAGACGUCGCUGACGAACCUGGGCAUCUGCAUCAAGGGCGGCAACUGUGAGCUGCCCAACAAGCACUUCAGGUCGAUCAUGCGCAUGCUGCUAAACAUUCUGGAGGCGGAGCACACGGACGUGGUCAUUGCCGGCUUGCACGUGCUCAGCAAGAUAAUGCGCAGCAAUAAAAUGCGCCACAAUUGGAUGCACUUCCUGGAGCUGAUACUGCUGAAGAUCAUCCAGUGCUAUCAGCACAGCAAAGAGGCUUUGCGGGAUAUCGACUCGAUGAUACCACGGAUAGCACCAUCCCUGCCGCUGGAUCUGUCCAUCAACAUUGUCAAUCCGGUGAUUGCGACGGGCGAGUUCCCCACGAACCUGUGCGCCAUCAAGAUCCUGCUGGAGGUGACCGAACACCAUGGUUCCGAGAUCACGGACGCCCACCUGGACAUUGUGUUCCCGAAUCUGGCACGAUCGGCGGACGAUACGCAGUCGAUGGUGCGCAAGGCGGCGGUCUUCUGCAUUGUCAAGCUGUACUUUGUGCUGGGCGAGGAGAAGGUCAAGCCGAAGCUGUCUGUGCUGAAUCCCAGCAAGGUGAGGCUUCUCAACGUGUACAUCGAGAAGCAGCGCAACUGCCUGGGCGGCAGUGGCGGUGGCAGCUCCACGAAGAACUCGUCGGCGGCAUCCUCGUCAUGAUUGCGGGAGCCCAAGCCGGGAUUCCUGCACCAGCACCACAAACAAGACACGGAUGGUGCGGCGUCCCUCGGCAUGCGAAGGAAGUGAGGAGCGGAGGACAUUUAAUGAUAUAUAAUACAUUAACUAAUUAUUUAUAACUAAUUAUUACCGAUGAUCCGAUUAUUGUGUAACUGUUUGAUGCGUAUAUAAAGCGGAUGCAAACGAAAACCCCAAACCCCCAAACAAAAAAAACCCGUAACCCAAGGGCCAUCGCCCCUCUGAUGUGAGCAGAAAAACUAUUUAUACAUGUACGGAAAUUAAAGCGAUACAACCAGAAAA